AUGGGAGCAACAGUGCACUGUGAAAGCUUUUUGCCCAGACAUUCCUCAAUGAGAGAUCUCAGUGAAGAUGAUUUUAAUAGUUGCAGUUUGUCGUCUGUGUAUUGUGGUGGUGAUGCAAACUUGCGGUAUGGGGAUUAUCAGAACGAGAGAGAUUUCAUGAAACAGAAAAUGCUUGAACAAGAGAAUGUAUUUAAGAAUCAGGUGCAUGAGCUUCACCGUUUGUACAGAACGCAGAGGAAUUUGGUAGAUGAAGUGAAAGGAAAGGACUUUAACGAAGAUAUGAACCUGAGUGAUUAUACAUCUGGAAAUGCAAGUAAAAGUCAGCUUCCUGGGUUUCUCUUAGCAAACUCAACAUAUGGAGGAGGAAGCAGCUCUCAAGCUUGCAACGGUCGUUUGCGAAAUGGGGUUAGCUUAAAAGAUGGGGACGUGUUCGAGGUUAAACCUGUCAAGGGGAGGAGAAGAAUGAUUGAUCUUCAACUCCCAGCUGAUGCGUAUCUUGAUACGGAUGACACUGGUGAUGCCGAUGAGAUUACAAUCUUCCCUCCAUACAAACGGUCAACCUCUCUUCGGAGCAAUUCUUCAGGAUCUUGCUUGGAUGUGAAGAACUCAAAUGGCUUAGCUGACUUGAAUGAGCCACUCAAAUGGCAAGACUCGGAACCUGUUUCGCUGUCCAGGGAUAUGUAUUCUCACUAUGGAAGAAACAAUGCAGAUGUUAAAGGUCAGUGGUUGGGAAAAAAUACAAGUCAAAAUGGAUGGAUGGUCCUUGGAGCAGGGCACGAGGGAAACACUCAGAGAGGCCCACUGCAACUGCCUUCCCAUUCUGUACAAACAUUUUCUAACAAUGCAUUUCAACCUCAGAGCUACCAUACAAGUGAUCAUAGCAAGGUGAAAUUCUCCGGGGAAAGAUCAUAUCAUGAGCCGGAAGUUCGUUCAAAGAAUCCCCAAGCUUCUUAUGGUAGCUACGUGGAAUCAAGUGUGACAUCUAAUGCUCCAAGAUCACACAAUGACCACCGCCCUGACUUUGUCAGACCAUGGAGCAAUUGGUCUUCAUCAUGGGAGAACCCUAGGAGCAGCUCACAUCAGACAUCUUACCCAGUUCAGACGAAUCCCUACAUGAAUUUCGUCUCACAUGCAAGAACAGAUUCAAGUUUUGAGAUGAGAAGCCGUGUCUCUAACGGGCUUUAUCAAGGAUUCUCUUCAGGUUCAAAGGAGCCCGUCUUUAAUUCCCCAUCAGCCGGCUUUAAACCAAACGCUUCUUUAGGUGAGGUAGUGAAGCACCAGAGUUUUGAAAGCCUAAAAAAGCAGGAAUGCUCGGCUGGUUUGCCCUGGCUAAAACCUAAGCCCCCUUGCAGGAGUGAAAUAUCCAAUGGCUUAUUCGAUUUGAAUGCUUCUGCAAAUCAAUUCAUGGAUGGAACUGACACAGAGGACGACGUGAAUAGUGUUUCUCAUCAGAAGGGUUUGAGGUCUGCUUCACUCUCUAAUAAUGCCAACAUGGGAAAACUUGAAAUGAGCAGCAACCCACAGAGUAGUAGAGAAGUUAUUGCGUGCCCAAUCUUUGAGAAGCAUCCUAUUUGCAAAGAGGAGCAUACGUCUUUGAUCUCUCAUUGUCAACAGAAGGAAGUAAAUCACUUUGUAAAGCGAGAGCUCGAUAUCAACUUGCCAUAUGAUGCCUCGGUUUCUGUUGACCAGCAUGGUGCUAAAUCGUUUUGUGUUGAGAAGAAAGAAGGAAAAGAAGCUGCCAAGCCCAGACACUACAUUGAUCUGAAUUCAUGUGCUAGUGAGGAUGAUGAAGAUCCCGGCUUACACUCCAGCCUGAGAGUGAAAACAAAAAGAACUAUUUGGAUAGAUUUGGAAGCUCCACCUACUCUGGAGACCGACGAAGAAGAAGAAGAAGAAGAAGAAGGAGGAGAGAGCUUGCAGGAGAAAACAAAUGAAGAACCUUGGGGACUGAUGAAAGACCAAGACGGAAACUCUAUGAGUGAACUCAUCAAGGCAGCGGCAGAAGCAAUAGUCGCCAUCUCAUUGUCUGAUCACCAACGUCAUCUUGAUGAUGCAGCUUCCUCUUCAACUGAUGCAGCUGCGAAAAGUCCGCUCUCUUGGUUUGCAGACAUGAUCACUUCUUGCGGCGUUGAGUUAGAAAGAAAGCUUGAUGGUUCUCCGGAGACCACAGACUGUGAGGGUUACCGCGACGAAUACUCUUCUGGGGAGAUUGAUUACUUUGAAGCCAAGACCCUGAACUUACAGCAGACGAAGGAAGAAGACUACAUGCCAAAGCCCUUAGUCCCUGAGAAUCUGAUACUCGAAGGGACCGGCGCUAACCGGCCAAGAAGAGGACAAGCAAGAAGAGGAAGACCAAAGCGGGAUUUCCAGAGGGAUACACUCCCCGGACUCUCUUCUCUAUCGAGGCACGAAGUCACCGAAGAUCUCCAACUGUUCGGUGGGCUUAUUAAAACCAGAGAUUACACUAGCAACUCUGGAGUGGCUGCUCGAAGGAACUCGAAAAGAAAACGACUUGUCGCUAACAUAAACCAAGCUCUAGUUUGCCCGUCAAUGGCGCAGCCAAUGAAUGAGAGCGUACCAGUGGUGGGACUUGAAGAUAGUAAGCUAACAGGAUGGGGAAAAGCAACAAGAAGACCGAGGAGACAAAGGUGCCCUCCUGCAACAGUGAUCUUAACUUGA